GUGGGAUCACGUUGCGUCACCACUUGCACCCAUAAAUCCACCAACCGAUCUUGCUAUGUAUGAUGCAUGAAAUAAGUUACACACGCGAACACCACCAUAUGCGUACAAAACGCUAGAUCGCAAUAGGAGAAAGGGCAAAUUGGAGAUAGUGAAGAGGGGUAGGAAAGUGGUGUGCAUAAUUGGGCUGAAAAGCUGUGUGAUAUCUUGAAGGAAUACACGGAUAAGGGACAAAUGAACAGUGCAACGUGGGUGAAACCGAGGGCAGGUUGAAGAUAUAGAUUAGGUUGUAGAAGUGAAGCGCACAGUGCAGAGAGUGCAAAACUAAAAGCAAUUGUUUGUGGCACAAAGAAAGGGUGACCCAUCGUGUAUUUGUAUCCACCGGGCCACGCAGAGAGACCCAUUUCCCUUGUGGACCCUCUGUCAACCUUUAUAAGUGUUAUAUGACUCAUUCAGAAGUGACUCUCAAAAUUAAACACCAUGCCUCAUCAAUUUCCUCCCUUCCAAACUCCACACAAAAUUUCUCUCACGUCUUGUCUUACCUCAAUCUUUUCUUCCCACAAGUAAUCUUAUUUACUAACCCCCAUCACCUAAUAAAAAUUCAAACUUUAGUUUGCUACAUUGUGAGAAUACAGUUCCAGGUGCUUAUCUAAAUUUUAGUUCAUUAAGAGAUCUUAGACCCAUCUACACUUGUCGGUUAACUCAACCUUUUAUAUCUUACUUGUCUACAUACGUAAGGAUUUUAAAUUUCGACCAUAGUUCUAAACUACAUCUGCAAGUGUGUGUUUUUUUGUGUUGAACUUGAAAAGGGAGAAAUCUGGAAUCAGCUGAGUUUUUUGACGGUCCAACACGCGCUAAAACCUCUUACAAUGAGAGUUAACUCGGCACAGAAUGAUAAUUCUGGGAAGGAGAGCAGCUCGACCUCGCCGUUAUCACCGUCGGAGGCGGCGGCGCUGUCAGAGUUCAAACCGGAGAAGCGCAACCGGGACUCGAACAAGCACCCGGUGUACCGAGGGGUGCGCAUGCGGAACUGGGGAAAAUGGGUGUCGGAAAUCCGCGAGCCGCGGAAGAAAUCGAGAAUAUGGCUGGGGACAUUCCCGACGCCGGAAAUGGCGGCGAGGGCGCAUGACGUGGCAGCGCUGAGCAUAAAGGGGAACAGCGCCAUCCUCAACUUCCCCGAACUCGCCACCUCGCUUCCGCGUCCCGUGUCGUUGGCCCCUCGCGACGUGCAAGCCGCAGCGGCCAAAGCGGCUCACAUGGACUUCCCUCCUUCGUCCACGUCGUUAUCAUCAUCGACAUCAUCGUUGGUGUCAACAACUUCCUCCUCCUCGUCUUUAUCCUCGUUGGUUUCAACCGCGGACUUGUCCGCUGAGUCGGAGGAACUGAGCCAAAUCAUCGAGUUGCCGAGGUUGGAAACGAGUUACGAGUUGGGAAAGGAGUUUGUGUUCGCGGACUCGCAGGACACGUGGAUGUAUCAGUCACCGAUACCUUGGUUGCAAACCACGUACGAUGCUUCUCAUGCCGACGAUGAUAUUGCAGUGGCAGAGACUGGGCUUGUCACUAGUUUUAAGAGUUUUCUGUGGGAUUACUGAUAUGAUUUUCUUAUCUCUUUCUGUUUUUUAAAGUGUUUGACAAUGUUUAAGUGGACUGUUUGAAGUGUCUUUAUGCUAAUUUUUAAUUGAAAUCGAGUGUUUUGUCUCAAUGAUGUGAUGUAUUUUUAUCACAUAUGCCAGAUAUUGUGAAUAUUAUCUCAUUCAAACUUUCGAAUUCAGACUCUAUUAUACAUCGAAGUUGAUGUUUUA